CACAGGAAGCCGGGGCAGUGUGUGACGUAAGAGGAAGUACGCAAAACGGAAGCCUGUGGUUGGGCGGUGCAGGAGUUGGUGCUUCACUCAGAAGGUCCUCCGGCGUCCAGACAGCUGAGCGGCUUCGGAGCGUCGGGAACUUUCCUCACGCCCAGCCAGGUAACUAUCCCAUGGUUUGAAUCAGGAAUGAAAUCUUCUGAAAUCUCAGAACAGAACGCUUUUUGUUCAACAUGGAGGACAAAAGACGGCGAGCCCGAGUGCAGGGAGCCUGGGCUACUCCUGCCAAGAGCCAGGCGACUGCUCAGCCAGCUACUACAGCUGGGAGCCAUCUUUCCCAAACACUGAGGCAGACUUGGAGGAGCAAGGAGCAGCAACUGUCUGGCAGAAACUUUGUGUUCAAAGAACCUCAGCUGGUUAUACGUACAGUCCCAGAACCCAGAGUGAUUGACCGGGAAGGUGUGUAUGAAAUCAGCCUGUCGCCCACAGGUGUGUCUAGGGUGUGUUUAUAUCCUGGCUUUGUUGACGUGAAGGAAGCUGACUGGAUAUUGGAACAGCUUUGUCAGGAUGUCCCCUGGAAACAGAGGAUGGGUAUCAGAGAGGAUAUAACUUAUCCGCAACCAAGACUUACAGCAUGGUAUGGAGAGCUUCCUUAUACUUACUCAAGAAUCACUAUGGAACCAAAUCCUCACUGGCAUCCUGUGCUAUGCACUCUGAAGAGCCGCAUUGAGGAGAACACUGGCCACACUUUCAACUCUUUGCUGUGUAAUCUUUACCGGGAUGAGAAGGACAGUGUGGACUGGCACAGUGACGAUGAACCAUCUCUGGGGAGCUGCCCUGUCAUUGCUUCACUUAGUUUUGGUGCCACUCGGACUUUUGAAAUGAGGAAGAAACCCCCACCUGAAGAGAACGGAGACUACACAUAUGUGGAAAGAGUGAACAUACCAUUGGAUCAUGGGACCUUGCUGAUCAUGGAAGGAGCCACACAGGCUGACUGGCAGCACCGAGUGCCCAAGGAAUACCACUCCAGAGAACCAAGAGUGAACCUAACGUUCCGGACCAUUUAUCCAGACACUAGAGGAGCCCCCUGGUGACUGGACAUGUCUACAAGCCACCAA